AUGAGUGGUAUCAACUUGAGCCACCUUCUCACGUCUGGUGAAUACAGCGAUUUGACCAUCAUUGCUUCCGGCGUCCACUUCAAAGUUCAUCGUUGCAUCGUCUUCUCGCAAUGUGAGGCCUGGAAGAACUUGGCAGGAGAGUACAUGUACUCCGGUACAUACGUAACCGAAAAUAUCCGUUGUCAUGUUAAGAAGCCAACCCAAACUGGCGGUGAUAGUGGCAAGACGGACAAGUCUUCGGCAGUCGCAAACGACUCUCAAGAUCAUCUUAGUUCCCAUGGCUCGGACAAAUUGAGUUACGAAGAUCACAGUAUGCUACUCUCAGCUUGCGUAAUGAUCGACGCCAAGAAGUUUAAGAUGAAGGACCUUGAGAUCCAGGCAAAAAACGCCCUGGUUGCCGUCGCACCGAGUCUUACAGAGCAUGCCGAUUUUAUCUUCACCAUCGAACACAUCCUUAAACAUUACCAAGACCACGAAGGUCUCGACAUCGUGCUGCGGAUGAUCAGGCCCAAAUUUCUCAAGAGCUUAGGUAUGCGAAGAAGAUUGCAGGCGGUCAUGAAGUCCCAUCCUCAACUUGCGAUGGAGCUUAUAGAGCCACUUGUAUUGGAGCUCGACAAGCGGGAGAUGGGCCAUACGCACACUGCUCAAGACCAACAUACCAUGAUCAAACGGGACUAUGCUGGUUCUUCUACGGCGGUUGCUGGCCCUCAACCCGCCUCCAUUCAGCAGGAAAGUAAGCGACCAAACGAAGAAGAGUUGGAAAAGCCGGAGAAUAAAAUCAGGCGCACCGGAAAUUGA